UUAUUUUAAGAUACAAAAACCAAAAGAAGCCGUAGAUUCCAAAGCUUUAGUGAAAUCGGAAAACUCACCGGAAAUUCACCAUGUGUACGUUGGAGAAACGCGGCAACCUCUUUAUUUUAACGUUUACCGGCGAAGACCAGCACCGGUUUAAUCCCAAUGUCAUCGGCUCCCUUCUCAGCCUUCUCUCUCAGGUCAAGGCUGAAGCCACUCGUGGCUCAGCUCUUAUUACCCAAGCCCAAGGUAAGUUCUUCUCCAACGGCUUCGAUCUCGACUGGGCUCAAGCCGCCGGAUCUGAACAAGGAGCCGCGGAACGGUUACACCACAUGGUGGAUUUGUUUAAGCCCGUCAUCGCGGCUCUUCUGUCCCUCCCGAUGCCCACCGUCGCCGCCAUCACCGGUCACGCCGCUGCCGUUGGAUUUGUCCUCGCGUUGUCUCACGAUUACCUCAUCAUGAGGAAAGACCGAGGGGUUCUUUACAUGUCCGAGGUGGACAUAGCUCUGACAAUCCCCGAUUACUUCAACGCGUUGUUUAGGGAAAAGAUCGGCGACGCGUCGGUCCGCCGCGAUUUUUUGCUGCGAGGGUUGAAGAUGAAGGGAGAUGAGGCGGAGAAGAGAGGGGUUGUGGAAGCGGCGUACGGCGGCGAAGCGGAAGUGAAACAAGCGAGCGUACAUUUGGCGGAGAAUUUGGGGAAAAGGAAGUGGCACGGGGAGGUUUAUGCCGAGAUAAGGAAAGGAUUAUACCCUCAGCUCUCUGCUAUACUGGGAUUAACCCACAAAGCAUACACCAUUGCCAGGCUUUGAUUUAAACCAUGAAUCUUAAGGUAUGAGUUUACUCAUUACUGUUUAAUUUGGUUUUUAAUUUGAAUAAUCCAAUGCUAUUGUUGUUGUUUUGGAUGUAUUUGAAGAACAUUUGAAUAUUUGUGUUGUUCUUGUGGUGUAAUACAAUUAAUUAAAUAUCAAUACACAACAAAGUAUUUGAAUGGCCCGAA